UGCUAUAUACAUCUUAAUAGGCAUUACCUGUUUAGAAGGUGAACUAGAACAAAUGAGGUGAAGAAGCCAUCAAUGAGACGUAAAAUCUAUUGUUUGAUUCAUAAUUACAGGGAGUGUGUAUAUGUGUCAGAUUCCAUACCAACCCUGCCACGACCGACACACAGUCAAACUCCUGUCAUAGAUGAAGGCUAUCAAAAGUGCUGUAACUGAUUCCAAGGCGCUUCAAGAAUUAAAGAAAU